GUGAGCGGCUGCAGCGAUGCCUAUGGGAGGGCCAUUCCCCCAGUGAGUGGCUGCAGCGAUGCCUACGGGUGGGCCAUCUCUGACUUCUGUGUGACCAAGUUCACUCUGGACAUGGAGGCCCUGGACCAGAGCAUGUGGUGCAGCUGGUCCGACACUUUUCAGCCUUACGAGGAACUGACCAACUGCACCUAUUUUGUGGCACUCAAGAUGCACUGCUUCUGGCCCAACCAGCAGAUAGACCAACUCUUCAUACGCCUCCACCGGGACUACUUUCACGACUGCGCUCUGACCGGCAGGCUGCUUCGGGACCCUCCUAUACGUAUCUUGGGGCCUUUCAUUGGAGUGCCUGUGCUGGUCACUCUGCUCAUGACUGCCCUAGUGGUGUGGAGCGGUAAAUGCUGCCAGGGAAUCGUGUAACUGUAUCAUCGUGGGUGAAGGUGCCCCUGGGUACAGAAUACAGAUCUAGGAUCAGUUUGCCCUGCCAAAAUUCUAAACUGAAUCAUUAGCGGUGGAAACGCAAAACUGACCCAAGGCCAGCUUCUAGGGAUCAACCUGACCUCUUGGAAAACGAACUCCAGCUUAUCUGAUAGGGGAGCCAUGAUGGAGGGGACACUGAACUGGGGCAAACGACAAGCAGAGAUACCCAACAGCAUCCUAAGACUGUAAUCUUUCUGUGAUGGUUGUUGUUUGAUGGACACUGGCGGUAUGAGUGAAGGACCUCUCAGAAGCCUACUACUGAAACAAAGCAAAGGCUAUUUAACAUUGUACUGUGGCUCAUCGAUAACCCUAGAAAUUCCAAUUGAAAACAUGCACUGUAAUGUUGUAAACCACAAAGUGGCCAACCAAGAGAGGGCUAAUGUUGUGUAGAGCACGGAGGACACAAAAUAAAUACUUCGUAUGUCAAAAUCAAUGCAACAACAUCUGUAAUGUAGCUUAGGGCACCAGCCAAGUCUUUACAUGAACUGAAUAGAUGUAUAUAAAGGGCUUCAUAGAAAAGGCUGUAUUUGAUCUAGACAGCCACGGCCAGUAGCCACGCCCAGUAGCCAUGCCCAGUAGCCAUGCCCAGUAGCCAUGCCCAGUAGCCACGCCCAGUAGCCACGCCCAGUAGCCACGCCCAGUAGCCAUGCCCAGUAGCCACGCC